UACCUAUAAAAUGUCAACAAAGAGCUGUAGGGAAUGGGACUGUUAUUAAUUUUGUUACGAUUUUGUUGAAUCAUUCAUUACCACAUAGUUAUUUUAAUUAGCCAUUGUGAGUUGCGACGUGCUGUCUUCACCGCGUUGAUCAUUCUGCACAGAGUACAUUAAUUCAUUCUGCUCAGUGAAUAUUCAGCGAUGAUAGCGUCUUGAUUUUGCGUCAUGCAUCAAUACAAAAGUGUGUUUGUGUUAAUCCCGUGCUUUCUACUUGUUGUUUGUUUUGGAGAAAUAAGUAUCGAAAGCAAAGAGAAAUUUUUAAAUGGAUUUGUCGAAUAUUUAAACAAUUUGCCUGAGCAAAUUUACACGUAUGAUGAAGGUGUACUUCUAAAUGCGCAGAAAACAGAUGAUGGCAAUGGAUGUUAUUAUAUUGAAGCCAGACUGAGAGCUAAUGACAUCCACAAUGUAGACUCUUCUAGAUACCUGAAAUGUUCUGCCACAAUCCAAGAUCUGGGAGAAAAUGGCAUAAGCAUACAAAACAAUCAGCACCAAUGUGAAGAUGAUCAGGACACACAGUCAAGUGUUGCUGAUGGUGAUAUCUUAGAGGGUGUAGCUGUAGUAGAACAGACAACUAGAGCUGUCAUCCAUCAACCUGUACAUUUGGACAAUGAAGUGCAAUCAAAUACUGGUGUUACCUCUGGUGAGGAAUUUGUUGCAGUACCUAGACGGCAAUAUGGUGGCGCUUGUGUAGGGUGCUCUAGCCAUGUCAAUCCUCAAGCGCCUGGAGUCAGUGACUUAGCAGCACUUGGCAUUAAGCAUUUGGAUAGACAUGAACCUACCACUAAGCAUUUAUUGCAGUCUGUGUUUGAUGUGGAAAGACAAGUGCAAGUAGUUAAUGGUGUACGAUAUACUUUAACACUUCAAGUGGGUUUUGAUAACUGCACAUCAACAUCGAGUGAUCCCUGUUUUGAUAGUAAAGUGUGCAGGAUAUCAAUAUUAGAAAAGACUUGGUUAAAGUUGCCAGAUGGUUCUAAAUAUAGAGCUGUUCUCUCUAAUAAUUGCACACAGGAAUGGAUAUUUGGUGAUGAAGGUGAAUACAUUCCAAACAAUGAAAGUAAUGACAUUGAUAUGAAAACUCCAGUAUAUAUUCAAGACAAUGUUGAUGACACACCUAAGCCUAUUCCAGACUAUGAUAAAAUUGCUAAUACUGGCUCUGCAGAUGAAAUUCUCAAAGCUAUACAUAAUACCGAUAUUCAGGCACAAAUAAAAACAGAAAAAUCUCUUACAGAGAAGGAACUAAAGGAUUUAGAAGAACAGGUAAUUCCACAUGAAAAUAUAUUCAAAACACCUUCAGGGGGCUUUCAAACUUUACCAAAAGGUACAGAAGCAACAAAUGUUAAAUUCCAUCACGUUUCUGAAUUUCAAACAAAACAAAAUACCGAUAAUUCUUUUCUGUACAAACAGCCUGAAUAUAAACAAAGAGGCGAUUUUUUAAACGAGAAUAGGAAAAAAGCUAUAGAUGAUUUGAUGAAUUUUUUCAACUCUGCUGGGUUUGGUAACAUCCAUAAUUUUCCUAGAGUAAAAAGAAGUGAUGACAGUGAAUUAAAAGUUAUGUCAGCAGAUUUAUCAUUUGUUGGUGGGGAACGAAUAAAAGAUCCAAACAACUAUAAAUUGUUAGCAACUGAAUCUUUACGACAUUACUUACAAUCAAAUGAUGUUAAUGAAAUUUAUGAAGUAGUAAAAGUUAAGAAUGUUAGCGUUCAGGUUGUUGCUGGAACGUUGACUAGAAUUGUAUUUAUAAUAGCUCCAAAAAAUUCACGAGAUAAAGAAAUAUCCUGUAGUUCGCGAAUUUGGGACCGACCGUGGCUGAAAUCAAAAGAAAUUAAUACAACAUGUGAUGACAUUAUUGGAAAGUCAGUAAAAAAGCGACAUGUUCUUGGUGGCAUAGCGGAAAAAGAUCCCAAUGACCCUCGAUACAAACAAUUGGCACUUGAUUCAUUAAAAAAGUUUUUACGAGAGUCAAAAAUAACUCAACAUCAUCAACUUAUUAAUCUAAUAAAAGUAACUAAGCAAAUUGUAUCUGGAAGCAUUACCAAAAUAGAUUUUACUAUAUCACCAACAAAUUGUGAAUUAGAUAAUAACAUGGAACCAACUAAUUCCGAUUGCACAUUAUUAAAUUCUUCUGAUGUUAUUGGCUGUCAUUCAGAAAUUCGGGAACAGGCAUGGUUGCAUAAAAAAGAAAUAAAAGUAACCUGUGAUAUAAACGAUGAAAAAGAAAGGAAAAAGAGGCAGGUUCUUGGUGGUGAGAAAGAGCAAAAUGUUAAUGACUCGCGUUACCAAUUGAUGGCAGAGGAGUCUUUAAAAAAGUUUUUGCAAGAUACAGGUUCAACACAACAUCAUAAAAUCAUAAAAGUGAAAAAAGUAGUAACUCAAGUUGUGGCUGGAAGUAUUACCAAAAUAGAUUUCACAAUUACACCAACAAAUUGUAAGCUAAGUAAUGACAUGCAACCAACUAAUUCUGAUUGUGCAGUAUCAGAUCCUUCUAAUAUAAUUAGUUGUCAUUCAGAAGUUUGGGAACAACCAUGGUUGAAUAAAAAAGAUAUUAAUGUUUCCUGUGAUGAAAACACGCAUAAAAAGAGAAGACGCUCAUUGAAGGGUAAGAAAGGUAAACAAGACCCAAAUCUACCAGAAUUUAAAUUGUUAGCGCAGGAAUCAUUACAAAAGUACCAGAAAAGUCAAAUAAAUAAAUCAUCAAAUCAUGAAGUUACCAAAGUAGAAAAAGUAGAUAAACAACUAGUUUCGGGAGUAAAAUUUACCAUAGAUUUUAUAGCUAAGCUAAUAAUUGAAUGUACAAAAAAUGACCAAAAAGCGCUUGAAUGCAAGCAUAGUGAAAAUGAUACUCUAUAUUGUCAUUCAACUAUUUGGAAACGUCCCUGGAAGGGUCGUAAUAAAAUUGAUGUGAAUUGCAACAGAGAUGUUAGUGAUGAGGAUAGUGAGAAUUAUAGAAAGAAGCGUAAUGUAAGUUUAGGAGUGUCAGGAGAAAAGAAUGUAAAUAAAGAAAAGUACAAAUUAUUAGCUGAACAAACUUUGGAAAAGUAUCAGCGGUUAUCAAAUGCUAAAAAUAUUCAUAAAAUUAUCAAAAUACACCAUGUAUCAGAACAGGUUGUAGCUGGAAUUCUGACUAAGAUAGAAUACUCAAUUUCCCCGACUGAAUGUUUAAUUGAAGAUAUUCCAAUAUCUAUGGAUGAUUGUAAUAUUUUAACACCGAAAACUGUCUUACUUUGUCAGGCAAAAAUAUGGGAUCGGCCGUGGAUGACACCAAAUAGAGAUAUUACUAUCGACUGUAAAAAACAGGACUCUAAAAAUAACGGUAAAAAAAAUGCAAUACAUAGUAAAAAUAGGAAUAAAAGACAAGUCGCACCAAUAGAAGAUUACAUAGACGAGGAUAUAAAAUACUAUUAUGCUGAUCGCGCAAUACAACAUAUUAACGAUAAGACAGAUACUAAUAACAUUCAAAAGCUAGUUACCAUCCAUGCUAUUCAAAACGUUACGAACAUGGGAGUUAAUACGGUUCGUAUGUACAUAGAAACGGCCUUCACUUACUGUAUACGACAUCAGGAUGAUGUGGAAAUAUCUAAUUGUGAAGAAUUAACAGGCAUGUAUCAUAGGCUCUGCUACGUUCGAUUAUGGCCGUCACCUGAUGAUGAAUUAGUCAUUCAAAGUUUGAAUGUCGUAUGUGAUGAUGAGCCAGAUUUUAAGAGCAUCACCGGCAUUUCAAAAUUAGAUCUUAUAAAAGCAUCAUUGAAAGAUAUAGAAGCAUCCCCUAAAAUGAAAUAUAAAGUUAUGCAUCAAGGUGAACCGAAUAUUAUACCAAGUCUUGAUUCGCGUAAACCAUUCGUAUUGAGUUUUGUGAUUGUUACUACAAACUGUUCAAAAUACAUAGAUACUGAGGAAAAUCCGUUUUCAUGUUCUGUUGAUACUCAUAGAAUUCCCAGAUCGUGUACUUCUUCUAUAUGGAUGGUGCCGGACAGCAAAAAAAUUAAGAAAAUUAAGACAAGUUGUAGACCAGAUAAGCCAUAUCGUAGUAAAAGAUCAAUUUCUUUAGAGUCGACAAAUGUAACGACGGAUGAGAAAACGAUACAAGACUUCGUUAAAGAAUCGUUGGAAAAAUUAGAAAUGUCAUCCUUACAUAAAUAUAAACAAAGAGUUGUACAGAUAAACAGUUUUAACACAAAAAUAACUAAGGGAAGGUUAACAACUAUCAAUUUUGAUGUCGGAUAUACGACAUGUUUAAAAUAUGAAUUAGUUGAUAACAUUACACAAUGUGAAUUUAUAGAGCAUCUACCUAGGAGACAUUGCAUUUCGCAGAUUCGGGAGCGACUGUGGUUAAAUAAUGGAAAGCAAAUAGACGUAAAUUGUGAAGACGACGAAACACCAUUAGAAGCCACAAUCGAAUUCGAAAGUGCAGAAAAUGCUAUGCAACUAGCAACAGAAGCAUUGAAACACAUCGAAGCCAAAUAUCCACAUCCAAGAAAACAGAAAGUUGUGCGGGUAUUCUCAUUAGACAAGCAAGAUAUUGCUGGUUUACAUUAUAGAAUGAAGAUGGAAGUGGGUUACACAGAUUGUCUCGCAUUGAGCAUAAAAGAGGAUUGCAAAUUGGUCAACAAUGUUGGCUUAAACAAAUUCUGUAGAGCUAACGUUUGGCUUCGCCCCUACGAACAUCUGCCAACAUACCGCGUAUCUUGUGAUUUCCAAGAUGAUAGUAUGCUUGAAAUCUAUCAUAAAAUACAAACUGAGCACUUAUUCUCUGAUUUCCUAACAACAUACAAACCAGAUUAUAUUAAUGACCAUGUAGAAAUGGUUAAAAGGUAUGAAAUAUUCCAAAAUAAUGUUGGAAAAAUUCAUCAAUUAAAUACUCAAGAACGAGGUACUGCCAGAUAUGCUGUUACCCGUUUUAGUGAUCUGACAUAUGAGGAGUUUAGCCAAAAAUAUCUUGGAUUAAAGCCGAAUCUUCGGGAAAAUAAUCAAAUUCCUAUCAGAAAGGCGGAUAUUCCACAAGUGCACUUGCCUGAGUCGUUUGACUGGAGGCACUACAAUGCCGUCACAGAAGUGAAGGACCAAGGGGCCUGUGGUAGCUGUUGGGCUUUUAGUGUUACAGGUAACAUAGAGGGCCAAUGGAAGAUGCAAUCAGGACAACUGGUAUCUUUAUCAGAACAGGAGUUGGUGGAUUGUGACAAACUAGACCAGGGUUGCAAUGGCGGCUUGCCGGACAAUGCUUAUAGGGCAAUAGAGCAGUUAGGUGGCUUGGAGGCCGAGAACGAUUACCCAUAUGAGGGAGAAAAUGACAAGUGCGCUUUUAACAAGACUCUCUCCAGAGUGCAGAUCAGUGGGGCCGUGAACAUAUCCUCCAACGAGACCGACAUGGCCAAGUGGCUUGUAAAAAAUGGACCUAUAUCUAUCGGAAUAAACGCCAAUGCGAUGCAGUUCUACGUAGGUGGCGUUUCACAUCCGUGGAGAAUGCUGUGCAACCCAAGCAACCUAGACCAUGGUGUUCUUAUUGUUGGCUACGGAGUCAAAAACUACCCGCUAUUCCACAAGCGUCUGCCAUACUGGAUAGUGAAGAAUUCUUGGGGCGCGCGCUGGGGCGAGCAAGGCUACUACCGCGUGUACCGAGGAGACGGCACCUGUGGCGUCAACCAGAUGGCGAGCAGUGCGGUCAUAUAGUCACACACAUUACACGCUCUGCACACGUCACACUUUUUAUAGAUUCGAUAAAAUUGGCCCGAUAGUAUUGACGACUUUCAUUACAUUGUUUUGGCCGAUCUUUUGUAGGAUGUGUGCGUUUCAUUUUUGCCGACAAAAAAUCGGUCACUAAUUGUCGGACGUGGGCAGAGCGCCUUAUAUGUACUAUUGUUACUCCCGACUACUGAAUAGUAAUUACUUGUUAAAGCUUACAGUUUUUCACCUUGGUUUGGUUUCUACACACGAAAUUCUAUAAAAGUAACUUAACGCUUAGUCACAUUAAAUUUCCCCAUCAUUUUGUUUUACUGAAAACGUAUAGUACCCAGCAGUAAUUUAAGAAGGAUAUAAUCGGCAGCUUCGGUUUCAUACUACGUUGAGUCUGACAAGUCAGCGAUAAAACGUCACAGGUAUGAGUGAUAGAGACUGCGCUCUACAGAAACGAAGCUGCCGAGUGUGCCUAUUACCUCUUUCUGAAGCUCGAUGUGUAAUUUUUCCUUCUGAGUACUGUAGUUUUAGUGCUUUGGAAGCUUUUCAAGUUAACAUAUGAGCAUUUAUGUAAUUUUAUUCAUUACUCGUCCAUCCGUCGUCGUCGUAAAAAGGCUUCCUUUUUAUUCACCUGCAAAAUCACCCACCCUGAAAUUGAUGAGGGUACAUCUAAGAGUAAAUCUGUAUAAUAUUGAGAAAAAACAACGUAAAAAAAAAUCAGUUUUCUCCAAGCGACACGUUUCUCUAGUAUGCGUGAAGAGUAAUUUGAGGCUGUAAGAGGCUGUGUUAACAAAAUUUUGAGAUAUACUUUUACAAAGUUUUGCAAGUUACGUUAGUAAAUGUUAAUAGAUACAAAGAUAUAGAGUUUUAAUACGUAUUCUAUCAUCGGUUCUUAUGAUUUCUUAUCUCACUUUUAGAUCAUUUUUUACAUUGUUAUCUUAUGUAACUCGUUAAUUUUCAUUUUAAGUUUAUUAAUAAUUGUUUUUGUAAUUUUGAUAAGACCAAUUAAACUGAGAAAAAAAUCGGUAAUUAGUAAUAACCAUGGGCAAUAACAUAGUAUUAAGUUAACAUACUUAACGUUGAUAUCGUCAUGAUCGCAGCAAGUGACGGUAUGAAACUUGUGGAGACAAAACUUCCUAGUGUGUAAGCGCCCUUAUAGUAAAUUGUAAGCGCUUUAUAACAAUAACUUCUGUGCCAUACUUUUCUAACAUCACACUGUUAUAAUUCUUAUGUUAUCAAAACUUUCUGCUUAUUGUAGAUGUGUAAAAUAUGCAUCUAUUGGUGUUUAUUCAGUUUUACACAAAUUCAACUCGACUAAUGGCCAAAAUUAAUGCUCAAUCUAUCUUUGACUUGUUCGAUAAGUUACUUAGUAACGCUGUUAUUUGUCAAAAAGACAUUUGACGAAUAACAACAUUGCUAAGUAACUUAGCGACAGAUUACAGAUAGAUUGAUUUUAAUUUUGGCCGAUAUUUGAUAUGUCAAGUAGUAUCCUGUUCUUUUCCGCUACAAUCACUGGGUAAUGGACUCUACUAUGCAAACUUAUCUUUAGUUUAUUAGUUUAUCUUAAUCUUAUGACUAACGAGAUGUAGUCUUAUCGAUCUUCUAAUACUCUACUAAUACUCUUUUUCAUUUAUGAAUCUCAUUUUAGAAAAAAAAAAAAUGCGUUCGUAUUUGUCAACUCAUUAGCGAGUAUCCCAACUGCGAUAACUAGUAAAUUACUAGCUUUAUAGUGAACGGUCUGUUUAAACCGAUUUAUAAUGAAUGAAGUAAAUUGACAGGUUUUAAAUGUAAAAAAAUGACGCUUUAACAUAAAUAAUAACUAUAUUUGCCUACUUAUUAGUUACUUUGUAUUAUGUAAUGUCUGGAAAAUCAAAUAGUUGCAUUCAUCAUUGUAUAAUAAUAAAGAUGCUAUCUGCAAUAAAUCUUAAUCAACUAAAGGUUUUACUAACAUUGUUACUGCAAGAGUAUGUAAAACGUAUCAACUUCUUUUUAUUUUAAUUUGUGAUUAACAGGCUUUAAGUAGGUACUUUGCAUGACCUUAUUAAUCGUGUAUUACAUAUAAACGAGCAAUUCUUGUAAUAUAUUCUGUUUAGUAUAAUAAUAUGUAAUUGGUUUCAUGGAAAUGGCGCUAAAGAUUUGGCUGACAUUGUGUAUUUAGCUAAUGUUUUAUUUUCCAAAAAUGUAGAUAGGUGUCAUCGUUGAGUUCCCGCGGGAAAUCAGGGAUAACACCAAUCAAAUGGAAAGAAGCCGAGUGAAACUCGGUCGUGCCCAGUAAUUACUCAAUAAUGAUUAUGAAUUUAAUUUGAUAAGUAAAUAUUAGUCAUACCAUUUUUAUAAACUUAUAUUAUUUGUAAGUUCACGGUUUCAAUAAAUAAAACAAUUUUGCAUAUUUUU